UCUUUAUCUAUGAAAAUAAUUUAUAAACGUUGCCAAAUAUUAAACUAUUUGUUUUAAUAUAAAUUUCCGGUAAAUGGAAUAUUAGUUAUAGAAUAUAACACAUAAUAUAUGUACAAAAUAAUCGAUUAAUUUACGUCAAAUUAUAAAUACUAAUCGAUUACAUUCGACUGCUCGAGUGGUAUUAGUCAUAAUUAUAUAAUGAAUAAUCGCGUAUAAUCACGUAAUUAUAAUCAAAUCGUCAUUUCUAUUGAUUAAUUUAAGCAUAAAUUAUAGAAUAAAAUGAAAACUUUAUAAAAAUAAGUUAAAUAUACACAUAAAUUUUAAAAUUGAAUUCAAUAAAUUAUACGUCCGCUAUAGGUAAGUUUAGACACAACUUACAAAGUGUCAAUUGAAUUGACAAAUGACGUAAAACAUAUGUAUUUGAGUGGAAUGAUUUGAAAUUUAUUUUACUUCUGUUGUUUGUGUAAAUAAAAUAUUACGUGAGAUUUAAUUUAGUAUUAAUAAAUAAUGUAAAAAUUUUAACGUUCCUUUGCGUAUAUAUAAAAUAAAAUAAUGUUAUCUAGUUUAAAGGAAAAGAUACUAAAUGUCUCGUUGUUUAACAAUGGGGAGGAAUCGCAGUUAUCAAAAAAGAGAUUGAUAAACGUGAACGCGGGAGCAGAAAUUUUAGCCCAUUACCAAAAUAAUUGGGAAGAGCUACAUGGGAUAAACGAAGAAAACGCAGAAAAAGCGGAGAAAUUGGCAGAUGAGAUAGAAAAAAUAUCUACUUUUGUGGGUGAUAAUAAAAAAAACCUGGAAUUUAUUAAUAACACAGUGGUAUACUCAAAAUUAUCGUCGAGUAUAAGUAAAUGUUUGGAAGAUAUACAGCGGUUGUAUGAAUCAUCGGAAAACAUUGAAAAGAAACUGAUAAAAUUAGAGGAUUUGAUAGACGAAGCGGAUUUUAAUAAAAUGAAAAACAGACACGCGUAUCAUUUAGAACAGUAUAAAAUGAGAAAAGAUGAAUCGUUAACUAAUUUAACAGCGGAAUUGAAAGUUAAACACCUCAAAAAAGUAGAAGAAUACGAGUUGAGUAAAAAAGAGUUACUAAAAGAAAGGCAGCAAGUUUUUCAAGAUGCGUUUAAGAACGACUUGGAAAUUUAUAAAAAUUCGGGAAUUGUCCCAGGUCAAAUUCAAAAUAAAAGACGAAAUGGAGCAUUGUUGGAAGAAAUACAGCUAGAUUAUGACCAAAAGGAGUUGGAUCAGUUUUUUAAUGAUGAUAUAAAAGGCAGUUAGUUAUUAUUUUGUAAUAUUGUUAAAAAUGGAGAGGUAUAUUUUUGUAUAUAUAAAAAUUUUAUACUAACACAA